AGGCGCACAGUGAUGACGCGUCAGGCGUGCUCGUAGUUUGCGACGCACUUGUUAUUUUCGUGGAGCGUUCUCUGGCUAUAAAUCGUUGACAGUAAACCCACAUUUUGUGUUUCGUCAACAUGUCGUUCAAAGACGACUCAUCCUCCGAAGUCGGACUAUCGGGUGAAUCGAAGUUGGAGAGCUUCCUGUUCAGCUGUGAGCUGUCGCCUAAAGUACCUUUCUACACUUUCCAAGGAGACGAAGAGGAGGACCUGGAGCACUUCCUUGAACUCAGAACGGUUUGUCUGGGAGAGGGUGCCAAGGAGGAGACCAAUGUGGUGGAGGUAACGUCCAUGAACCACCAAGGGAAGACCAUUUCUGUGCCCAUCGCCAACCUUCACCUGAGCUGCCUGCCCAUGGUGAGUCUGGGGGAGUUUGAGCUGAAAGCCCCGGUGACCAUCCGGCUCAAGGCUGGAACAGGACCGGUUACGGUCAGCGGGUUGCACCUCAUAGCCUCACAGGUUGAAGACUCCGACCUGUCUGAUGACGAGAGUGAAGAUGAGGAUGACGAGGAAGAGAUCAGCCCCAUGAAACCAGCAAAGAAGAAGCAGAAGCAGUAGGCGCAGAGGUCGCGGAUAGUCUUUUGGAAUGGCACCGUUCACUCGCUGAGAUGUUUUUAAGGAAUAACUGGGGGGGUUUGUACAGGACUGUCUCUUUUUACAAAGCUACUACUUCUCCCACACAGCCAAGUGAACGCUCCGUGUGGGUUAAGCCGAGCAGGUGGUUGGAGGAAGUGACAUCACAACCUCUCCUUUCGUGUCAGCGGUGUAUUUAACUGCGGUUUGGAGCUUCACAUGUAGAAGAACUGUUUUUUGCUACUAAAUGCUACCCAGUGUUUUUUACUGUAAAUGAUACGGUCACCGCUGUUGUGGUGGAAAAGGUGUUUUACCACUGGUGGGAUCUGUUUUUGUUUAUUGAUGCUGUAAGUUGUAAAAUCAAAAUCUUUGUAAGCGCCUGUACUUGUCAAACAGGAAACUAAUUGUGAUUCCAGCUGAAAGUACUCUGGUUGCACAGAUGACUUGCACGCGUCCAAUUUAUUAAAUGUUCUCUGUUCUGCACAA